CCUCUUCUCUCGGUAUCUCAAACUCAACAACACACCACUUUUGCACAAGCAAUUGCAACAAACCAACGUUGAAUAGUGUCUCUCUCUUUUUCUUUUUCUUAUUUUUCUCUCAUAGUGUCUCUCUUUUUCUUUCUCUUAUUUUUCUCUCAUAGUGUCUCUCUUGUUCUUCAAUCAAGAGAAGAAAGAAUACACCCUGAAGCCAUGGAAGGUGGUGUGCCAGAAGCUGAUAUGUCUGCCUUCAGAGAAUGUUUGUCUCUAUCAUGGAAGAAUCCUUAUGUUCUUCGCCUUGCUUUCUCUGCUGGAAUUGGAGGCCUUCUCUUUGGUUAUGACACUGGAGUUAUUUCUGGGGCUCUUUUGUAUAUCAAAGAUGAAUUCAAAGCAGUUGAUAGGAAGACUUGGCUACAGGAAGCCAUAGUGAGUACUGCAAUAGCUGGAGCAAUCAUAGGAGCUUCAGUUGGAGGAUGGAUCAACGAUCGAUUUGGAAGAAAGAAAGGAAUUGUUAUAGCAGAUACCCUCUUUUUUAUAGGGUCUGUUAUCAUGGCGGCUGCUUCAAGCCCAGCAAUUCUCAUCGUGGGUCGUGUAUUUGUUGGCAUUGGUGUCGGUAUGGCUUCAAUGGCAUCACCCCUCUACAUUUCAGAGGCUUCUCCAACAAGAGUAAGAGGAGCCCUUGUGAGCCUUAACAGUUUUCUCAUCACUGGAGGACAGUUCCUUUCCUACCUCAUCAACUUGGCCUUCACCAAGGCACCAGGGACAUGGAGGUGGAUGUUAGGGGUAGCAGCAGUGCCAGCUUUGUUACAAAUUGUACUAAUGUUGACACUCCCAGAAUCGCCUCGUUGGCUUUACCGCAAGGGUAAGGAAGAGGAAGCAAAAUCGAUUCUGAAAAAGAUUUAUCCACCACAUGAAGUUGAAGGCGAAAUUCAGGCCUUGAAAGAAUCAGUUGACAUGGAAAUUAAGGAAGCAGAAUCAUCAGAGAAGAUCAACAUAGUCAAACUUUUAAGAACUUCAGCUGUGAGAAGAGGUUUAUAUGCUGGUGUGGGCCUCUUAAUCUUCCAGCAGUUUGUGGGAAUCAACACUGUGAUGUAUUAUAGUCCCACCAUUGUUCAGUUGGCUGGUUUUGCAUCUAACAGGACAGCAUUGCUUCUGUCACUCAUCACAGCUGGCCUCAAUGCAUUUGGUUCAAUUCUGAGCAUUUACUUCAUUGACAAGACUGGGAGGAAAAAGCUUGCUCUAAUCAGUUUGUGUGGUGUUGUGUUCUCCCUUGCUCUCCUAACCGCCGCUUUUCGCGAAAGCGAAAUCCACUCACCAAUGGUUAGUGCCAUUCAAUCCUCUCAAUUCAACAACAACAACACCUGCCCUGAUUACAAAACAGCUUUGAACUCUGCUGAAUGGACUUGCAUGACAUGCCUAAAGGCUUCACCAUCUUGUGGUUAUUGUGCUGCUGAUGACAAGCUUUUACCCGGGGCAUGUUUGAUAGCCAAUGUUGACACAAAGAAGAUGUGUGGCAAUGACCAUAGGGCAUGGUACACUACGGGGUGUCCUAGCAAAUAUGGUUGGGCUGCCCUAAUAGGCCUUGCUCUAUACAUCAUAUUCUUCUCACCCGGCAUGGGAACUGUUCCAUGGGUUGUGAACUCUGAGAUCUACCCCUUGAGGUACAGAGGGGUGUGCGGAGGAAUAGCAUCCACGACUGUUUGGAUUUCCAACCUCAUUGUUGCUGAGUCCUUCUUGUCCCUCACAGAAGCUAUAGGGACAGCAUGGACAUUCAUGCUGUUUGGAAUUGUGGCCAUUGUGGCAAUCUUCUUUGUCAUUGUUUUUGUGCCUGAGACCAAAGGGGUUUCUAUGGAGGAAGUGGAGAAGAUGCUGGAACAAAGAUCUGUGCAGUUCAAGUUUUGGGAGAAGAGAGAUUCUGGCUCUGAGAAGCACUGACUCAAAGAACAAUAAAAAGAAAAAAGCAAAAUUGUUUGAGUCAUGUUUUAGUUUUUAUAGCUUAAAAUGUUGAAAUUAAGUGGCUUGUGAAGUUAUGGUUAUUUGAUGACAAUGGUUGUUCUCUUUGGGUAAGAUUUGGUGAUAGUUAGCAUUUUAGCUCUAAUGAGUAUGUAGCUCUCUAGCUGAUUAGUUGGAUUGCUGGAAAUCCUUAGAGGAUUGAAAUAUGUGGAUUGGUAAUACGCUAUUAUUUAUGAUAUAAUGAACAAGAAAAUACUAAAUUAUUAUCAAUUGCUUUA